GCGGCCCAGGGUAGAGUUGGCGCGCCAGGGAGCCAUGUGGUGACAUACGGGGUGUAUGCUGGAUGAUGAGAACUCGCUGAUGUGGCAUAUUAAGCCGAUGUGGAACCGCAUUCUGUUGUUGGUUGUGCUGAGGCAAAGACCCGUCAUCAUAAUUGCACAUCAGGUUACCGGUGAGAAAUAUGUGGUUGGGGGCAGCAUUUAUGAGAUAAGUGUAAAGGUUGUCCUGCUCAACUUCAUGAUCACGCAAGAUGGUUUGGAGGAUCAGAUUCUUGGAAUGGUUGUUGCCAAGGAAAGGCCAGACCUUGAGGAGGAGAAGACACAGCUAGUGAUCCUGAGUUCUCUCAAUAAGCGCCAGCUCAAGCAGAUUGAGGACAAGAUCAUCGAGGUAUUCGCAAAAGACGAUCUACCUCACGUGACAGAGCAUUCACUGAACUCCAACAUUUAUGGCCUAUUGUGCGUGGCUAUGGCAGAUCGGGAUGGCUUACGUGGCUAUAGGCCUAGGUACAUGAAAUACUCCUGGGUGUGGGAGCGUGAGGAUGAGAAAGACACUAUAGUGGAGACCAUAUUGUCUUAUGGUAAGGCUGAAGGGGAGGUGAGGUUAAAGAUCAAUGUCUGUGCUCACAGGGAAGAGGAGAUGAGGAGAGAUGAGGGACUACGGGCAGCUAUUACCGAGGCGCGUAACAAGGCUGAGCGAAGGUGCAGGCGAGACGGAGUGACUGCGAGCAUGCGGGUAACGGUCACCUACCAUGAGGAUGACUCGUCGACUGAGAGCACGACCAGGGAGGUCCAACACAACGAGAGGGACUCUGAAGGGGAGUCAGAGAUGAGCGAUCGCGAGGCGGAUGUCCAGUCCUGGCAUGGACUGGAUCAGAUCCGCCGAAACCACCCGCUGGCUGGACCAGUGGAAGACGGGCCUGAGGCCAGUUUGGCCCGACACAGAGUGAAGCCAGCUGAGGCUGGACCAUCGGAGACUCGACACCUGAAGGCCGUGAGGGAAAACGUGAAGGUGGUUACGCGCAUGCAGCCACUAACCCUCGAGAACUACAAGGCACCGUUUGACGAGGAGGACCCUGUCGACGCUGAAGACAUGGAGGAGGUGAGCGACUCCGAAUCCUUCGAUUUGGCGUCCAUGCCACUUUCUGAGGUGGUGCCACAUGUUGGUGAUGAAGGGGGAGGUGGUUCUCGAAGAUAUAGCACGUCCCCUGUCGGUUUGAAGCGUGUAUUUGGGCGCGACGCAAUCGAGGAACAAUCGUCUGAUGAUGGGGAAGAACGCACCUGCGCCCACAGGACGUCGACACCUAUGCAGUCCAUGCCACAACCUUCGGUCGGUGACCAGCAUCCGGGAGGUGGUGGAGGUCGAGGAGGUGACGAAGGAGACGACUCUGGAACUCACACGGACGUAGCAGAGGGGAAGGCGUCGCGCGACGAGGGUUCAGGAAGGAGGUCAGGUGAAACGGGAUCGGGCUUAAAAGGGUCGGGCGGAAAGGGGUCGGGCGGCAAGCGUACAGCCCUAGGGACUCGUGAGUCUAUGGGAUAUGAAAGCCAAUGCGAAGGUAGUCGAGGUUCUUACAUGGCAGACGUCGCCGCCCUGAGGUUUUAUCAAGUGCGAGUAAAUUCAGUGUGUGCGAGAACCUUGUUUUACGAUGUCGACGAGAGUCCAUGCCACCGUAAGCAGACGGAGUUUCCUGUGGACAACAACUUGCUCCUGCACCACAUGGAAAAACUUCCACAAGUGGUUAUCGGAUAGCUGAAAAUGCACGAAUGAAAAUUCUGAAGUGAG